GUGACAUUAAUGUUUCGUAAAGAUUCGGGACACAAAAUAUACUGUGUUUUUAAUAGUUUUUAUCCAAUUUGAUACUAUAAAUUAAAUUAUAACUAUUGUUUUAUACCACCCACGGAUUAGAAAUAAUUUUAAAGUAAUGUCUGACUCCGAGGAAUCAGAUACGUUUAAUGAGGAGCCAGUCAGGUCUUUUCAUGAUAUUCACGACGAAAUAGAAAGAUGCAAGAAAAACCCGGCAACUUCGGGUAUGUUUGUGUCUGGGUGGGAUGAUGCAGAUGAAGGCGUGGAAGAAGUAAAGGAUCCGAAAGCUAAUCCUGUUGACCAUGUUCUAUGGGCUGCUGAAAAUGCUGACAUUGCAGCCCUCAAAGAACUAUUAGCUGCUCAACCAGAUCUAAUCAAUGCUAAAGACAUCAAUCUGUACACUCCUCUCCACCGGGCUGCCUAUGGAAACCAUGUGACUACCAUAACAUAUCUGUUGAGUGUUGGUGCUAAGUUAGAUGCUAAAACUGAGUUCGGCUGGACACCGCUGCAUUCAGCUGCUAAUUGGAAUAAUUACUGGGUUGUUGCAAGACUGCUGGCAGCUGGUGCUGAUCCAGCUGCAGUGUCCGAAGGAGACCAAACACCAUUACAUUUGGCAGCAGCAAAAAGUCACAGUAAAUCUACUAUCAUCACAUUACUCUUUCAAGAUAACAGCGUGGAGGUGGCUCAGAUGGUCAAUAAUGUUGGAGAAAAACCAGAAGAAUUAGCUCGUGGGCAUGGCAUAUAUGCUCCACUGUUUGAAAUGGUUAUGCCUGCAGCUUCUUAUAUUAAAUCAAUUGGAUUCACUUGCAAUCCCUAUUUAAGGAUAGAAAAAUCAUCAGAACUGGAAUGAGGGCAAAUGAUAAGUAUGUAAUUACACGGUACAUUUAUUUUCAUACUAAGCAUAUGUAACCAUAACUAUGUUAAUGAUAUUAACAAGUAUUAAUGAUUUACCCAACACAAUUUUGAGAUUUCAAAGAACUAUCCUUGUUAAAAGUAAUUGAUAAAUAUUUUUCAUAAUUAUAAAAAUACUAGCAUGACAUUCACAAUUAAAAGAUUAU